AUGGGAGGCUGCAUUCCUUCUCUGAAGGCAGCAAGGACACUGUGCCCCAGAAUCAUGCCCCCUCUGCUGUUGUUGUCCGCCUUCAUUUUUUUAGUGAACGUCCUGGGAGGAGCCCCAGGACACAACCCGGACCGCAGGACCAAGAUGAUCUCAAUACACAGCCUCUCCGAGCUGGAGCGUCUGAAGCUGCAAGAGACUGCUUACCACGAACUCGUGGCCAGGCAUUUCCUCUCUGAAUUCAAACCUGAAAGAGCUCUACCUAUUGACCGUCCAAACACCUUGGAGAAGUGGUUUCUGAUUCUGAGAGGACAAGAGAGGGCGGUAUCACUCAAGACGUUUGGCAUUCGACUGGAAGAGGUGCUGGUGAACGAGCUUACCCGCCGCAAGCAACUUGAACUGAGAGCCGCGAUGCAGAUUGAAGAAGCCACCGGUCAGGUUGCGGGCCGUCGUCGAGGAAAUGUGGUGCAAAGGAUGUUUGGCCGCAUCAGGCGCUUUUUCAGUCGCAGGCGGGAUGAGCCCUCCUUGCCCCGGGAGUUUACUCGCCGUGGGCGUCGAGGUGCAGUCUCUGUGGAUAGCCUGGCUGAACUGGAGGACGGGGCCCUGCUGCUGCAGACCCUGCAACUUUCCAAGACUUCCUUUCCAAUUGGCCAGCGACUUCUGGGAUCCAAAAGGAAAAUGAGCCUCAAUCCGAUUGCUAAGCAAAUCCCCCAGGUUGUUGAGGCUUGCUGCAGCUUCAUUGAGAAGCAUGGCUUAAGCACAGUCGGGAUUUUCACCCUGGAAUAUUCUGAGCAGAGAGUGCGUAAGCUCCGUGAAGAAUUUGAUCAAGGUCUGGAUGUAGUGCUGGAUGACUCUCAGAAUGUGCAUGAUGUGGCCGCACUUCUCAAGGAGUUUUUCCGUGACAUGAAGGACUCUCUGCUGCCAGAUGAUCUGUACAUGUCCUUCCUCCUGACAGCAACUCUGAAGCCACAGGAUCAGCUUUCUGCCUUGCAGUUGCUGGUUUACCUGAUGCCACCUUGCCACAGUGACACCCUGGAGCGUCUCCUGAAGGUCCUGCAUAAGAUCACUGAGAACUGCGAGGACUCCAUUGGCAUUGAUGGACAGUUGGUUUCAGGCAAUCGAAUGACUUCCACCAAUUUGGCUUUGGUGUUUGGAUCUGCUCUCCUGAAGAGGGGGACAUCUGCCAAGAGGGAGUCCAGGAAAACAAGACUGGGGAUUGACCACUAUGUUGCUUCUGUCAAUGUGGUCCGUGCCAUGAUUGAUAACUGGGAUAUCCUCUUUCAGGUGCCUCCCCAUAUUCAGAGGCAGGUUGCUAAGCGUGUAUGGAAAUCCAGUCCUGAAGCCCUUGAUUUUAUCAGACGCAGGAAUUUGAGGAAGAUCCAGAGCGCACGGAUAAAGAUGGAAGAGGAUGCUUUACUUUCUGAUCCAGUGGAAAACUCUGCUGAAGCCCGGGCUGCUGUCCUUGGUCAAAGCAAGCCCUUUGAUGAAGGUUCCUCUGAGGAGCCAGCUGUGCCUCCCGGCACUGCCCGUUCCCAUGACGAUGAUGAAGGAGCGGGUAACCCCCCCAUUCUGGAGCAAGACCGCCCAUUGCUCCGUGUGCCCCGGGAGAAGGAGGCCAAAACUGGCGUCGGCUACUUCUUUCCUUAG